AUUGUCUUCAUUUACCAAACCAACAUUUUCUAUUCCGAAACUGUCUACAUUCAUUGUACAGAAGAGAAAAUUAUGCACGGAAAAAUCCAAAAUAUAUAUAAACCAACGCCACUUUCUUCCACCAGAAAACCACUUCCACUAAAUUUUACAAUCUAUCUGUUCUUGAAUCUUAACCAAUGGGAGAAAUUGAUCCAGCCUUCAUCCAAGCCACAGACCAGAGGCCCAAGCUCAACCCCACAAACCCAGUUGCUGAUGAAAUCCCCAUAAUUGACCUCUCAGUUUUAAGCAGCCCUGAUGAGACCAGAAAAGUGGUAUCAGAGAUAGGCCAUGCAUGCAAAAGCUGGGGAUUUUUCCAAGUUAUAAAUCAUGGGGUGCCAUUGGAACUGGCCAGGAAGAUUGAGGAGGUGGCUAAGACAUUCUUUGAACUACCAGCAGAAGAAAAGAAGAAGGUGAAGAGAGACAUGGUGAAUGCACUGGGGUACCAUGAUGGCGAGAACACUAAAAAUGUUAGAGAUUGGAAGGAAGUCUUUGAUUUCUUGGUGGAAGAUGAGUCUUUGGUCCCGGCAUCACCUGAGCCUGAUGAUAAGGAGUUGAGGAAAUUGACUAAUCAGUGGCCUCAGUACCCUCCUGAGUUCAGAGAGGUCUGCCAGGAGUAUGCUCGAGCGGUGGAAAAACUGGCUUACAAGUUGUUAGGACUAAUUGCUUUGGGCUUAGACCAGCCAGAAAACAGGUUUAAUGACUACUUCAAAGACCAGCAAACGAGCAUGGUCAGAUUCAAUCACUAUCCUCCAUGCCCUUUUCCUCACCUAGCUCUAGGCGUUGGGCGCCACAAGGAUGCUGGUGCCUUAACCGUCCUGGCCCAAGAUGAUGUUGGAGGACUAGAAGUUAAGCGGAAAUCUGAUGGAGAAUGGAUUCCAGUCACACCCACCCCAAAUGCCUACAUCAUCAAUGUUGGUGACAUUGUCCAGGUUUGGAGCAAUGACAAAUAUGAGAGCGUGGAGCACAGGGUGGUAGUGAAUUCUGAGAAAGAAAGGUUUUCAGUUCCAUUCUUCUUCUUCCCAGCCCACCAUGUGAUGGUGAAGCCCUUGGAGGAGCUACUGAGUGAUGAAAACCCUGCCAAAUACAGGGAAUACAACUGGGGAAAGUUUUAUGCUACGAGAAACCGCAGUGAUUUCAAGAAACAAGAGGUGGAGAACAUCCAAAUUCAUCAUUUCAGGUUACCAGAGUAGAUAGGAUAUAUCGGUGAAGUGAAAUGUUAUCCAUUGCUAGCAACAUAAAGUCCUUUUAGCUUCUUGUGAAUAUUGUGCUAUGUAAUCAGGUCAGAGGCUUUCAAAACUUGCUUUUAUAACAACAUGUCCUUUUAGCUUUUUCUGUCUUUAUAUUUUAUGAUUGUUUUUCAGGCAGUUUCUGAGUUUAAAUUUAUCACCAGUUACUCAGUCUAAGCAAGACAUAUUUAUCAAUGUGUACAGUUUUAAAAAAUUUAAUCAUCAGCAUGAAUUUCAUACUAAUCCUUACAGCCAAAAGAAGAAGAAAAAAAAAUUUGAUGCAACUAUGAAUUAGGAUUAUCCAGAACAUUGCAGCUAAUGGAGUGCAGCAGAGCCCAAAAAAGAAAACAGAACUGGAAAAAAAGGUACAACCCUUAUAGUAAACAACUAUUUAAGCAAGGGGCUUGUAGCUUAAGUGGUUAAGAGCAUUUACCCAUGCACCGAGACCCUAAGUUUGAUUCCCCCUUCCCCAAUAUCACUUGUAUAAAAAAAAUAAAAAUUAAAAAAUUAAAAAAAAAACUAUUUAAGCAAAUUAGCAUUCUUCUCAAGAGGAAAAAAAUGUAAGAAAUGAUGUAAUUAAUUAAGACAUAGGCAAAGAUAACAAAACAGUACAAGACCUGUUCGUCAAGCCCAAGAUUCUUCAAUAUCUUUUGUUGUAAUGGUAGUGACAAGCUGCUUCCAUUACUUACAGGGAUAAUAUUCUUCCUGCUGCAGCGGAACCAGCGAAAUUAAUUUAAUUUAAUUCUAGCAGCCCCACCCAUCAAUGUUUAAUUUUAAAA